CACACACUGUCAUCAUCCUCCUUUGUGUUUGCGAAUCAUGCAGGCUGUGGUAACUGUCACAGAAUGAGGACUGCAUCUGCUGUGCUGUAUUACAGGUAAAUUAAAGAUAAUCAAUUGCAAAUGAGACACACUGCCAAGGAAAGAGAGUGAGAGAGAAGAGAAAACAAAAGACAAGAAGACAGCUAAUCCAUGGUGUGGCCAAAUUGUAGGACUGAGAAAAGAAUACUUGAUUGAUUACAAGGCUUUACUUCUUCCUUGCUGUACUGUAAGAAUUUGAAAGUGUGCAGAACAGGAAGGGAUUACCACUGCUUUGCAAUAUGGAAGGAUAAUAUGCUCCCGUCCUUGGGGAAUAUUCCUGGCUUUAGAAAAGCGUGAAAUCUGGAUCCAGGCAGGGGAAUCAUGAAGGGAGAAAGGAGCCCUUCUUAUUCUGGAUUAACGUUCAUCCUCUUACUGCUGAUAGAGUGCAUAGAGGCCAAGAAACAUUGCUGGUACUUUGAGAGCGGUUAUCCAACUUAUUUCAUAUGCCACUCUUAUGAAGACUGUUGUGGAACGAGAUGCUGUGUACGAGCCCUUUCAAUUCAGAGACUCUGGUACUUCUGGUUCCUUUUAAUGGUAGGCUUGUUAUUUUGUUGCGGUACUGGCUUUUUCAUCCGAAGGCGGAUGUAUCCUCCACCAUUAUCUGAGGAACCUGCUUUUGUUACUUUUACCAGGCAACCUGCCAGCACUACAGGAGGAACACAACAGAGUGGACCACAGUAUUACACGGAUCCUGGGGGCCCCGCAGUGACACCUGUUGCUCCAGCUUUCCAAGUGCAGCCUAAUUCUCCCCACAUGCAUAUGGUAUACCCACCACCACCUUCCUACUGUAAUCUGCCCCCUCCUCCUUACGAACAAGUUGUGAAAUCCUCAGAAAAAUAGGUUCGGCAAAAAACUGUUCUAAUCCUACAAGUUAAUGUUCUGUUUACUGAAGCUACAAAGAAGGGGUCCCUCCAGCCUCUUAGUGUAUAUUUGUUAGAUACAAAAAUAUUGACAAAUAACUGUACCAAGGAGAUAAUCUUGCAAAGAUGACAGGUGCAUUAUAUUCACCUCUUCUUCAAUGGGAUCUUUUUCUUCUGCUUCUGUUUUUAUUUAUGACAAAUGUAGGAACAUUUAUGAACUGGGCAUUUCACAAUUGUAUUCGAUUCCAGAGAACCACAUCAAGUAAACUGACUGUUUGUGACAUAAGGCCGAGAGACUGAAACUGGAAUUCAUUAUAAAUAUCCUGCUGAAACCAGAAGCAACUUUGUAUUAUAUCAGAUUUUAAACAAACACAUAUGAAAAGUUAAUGUUAUAUUGUUCAGUUGCAAAAUGUAUUGUCAUCUGUAAAGAUUUAGGAUGAAAAUGAUGGAUUGUUAUGCAAUAUUGACAAGGUAAGUCAUAGAAAAACAGAAGCAUAAACACAUAAUGAGACAACAAAAAUAUUAUGAUAUACAACACGUCAUGCUGAGCACUAUUAUCCAUUUGAGAACUAAACAGUGAUGCUAAACAGAAAUAUAUAUAAAUAAAAUAAUAUUUUUUUCUUUUGAAUAGUUAGCAAUGUGUAAUAAAAAGAGUUUAAUUUAAUAGCAAUAAAUGUGAUAAAAUGUUCCAAAAUGGCAAUUACUUCAGUAAACUGGCAUACUGAAGAUGAACAGGAUUUAUUUCUUGUUCUUGUAAAAUACUUGAUGUGUUUAGUUUUAUUUUAAUCAUGUGCUAGCAGUAAAGUUUCAUUCUUUAGAAGAACGCAUUCACUUUAUUUGAAAUGAUAUUAGCUUCUUAUUUCAGUUACAAAUUCUAAAUCCCAUGUAAAGUUAAACUAGAAAAAUAGUAUAAAAAUAAAAUAAAAAUUAUACUGAGCGAUAUUCUGAAGUAAUAAAUGGCCAUGCUACCAAAAGAUAGUAAACAAAUGCACACUGCUAAAAUUGUGAAAUCCUGCACUCCCCAAACCUGAAGUAGUAUAUAAACCUAUCAUAAGCCCAGUUUGCAGCUAUACAACAUUUGUGAGACAACAGCUUUUGUAAAAAAGAGGUAAAGCAUUCAUUUUAACAGUUAGUGACUUAUCUAUCUCUAAGAAGGAGCUUUUUAAUUUUAUCUUUGCUUUUAUGUAUUACUAAUUUAACAUAAUCUGUGAACAGGCACUAUAAAAGAAUUUGAGUUGAGUUGAGCUGUUUGGAAGAAGAGCUCAGUAUUUCAGGUUUCAUAAGAUUAUGGAAGACUGAUUUAUCUGAAGUCUUUCACUUGUGCAUUAACUGCUUCCUUGAUUAAACAAAGUUUCCCACAAUAUUUACUGCAACAUGCAGUGAUUUUGAAAGAAUUUUAGAGCUGUUUUUUAAUAUAAUAUGUAGUUUAUUUCUAGAUGUGGCAGGAUAUUUUCUGGCAUGUAGGUAUAUUGCUAGUAAUCUCAAAACAUGGGAUCUGGGGAAUCAGUAUGCAGUGGAGUUUAAACUUGUUCGACAUGUUAUGUUGAGCUGCAAGCUUUUUUGUCCUCUUGACAGCCAGUUACUAGAUGAGCACAUCUGGUACUGGACAUGAGCUUUCUUCUACUAUUUUUUUAAUGGCAGCUGGUGAGAGAAGAGAAGGCAUUAAAUAUCAUGCAGUGACCAGGACAUUUCUGCAUUAGUUACUGUUUGCCUUACAAGGAGGUCAUAUUUAGUGAGGGUUUUGGAUGUGUGUGACAGGAUAGACCAGUCAUGAAAUGGGGGGUAUAAUUCCCUAUGUCAAUCUGUAUUAUAUAUAUAUAUAUAUAUAUAUAUAUAUAUAUAUAAAAUCAUUCUGUUGUCAAGAGUCAUGUGUGUAGUCAUUUUUAUAAUGCCAGUAAUAUGCUUGCUGCACAAGCAUGCAUGCAGAGGCAAAGUUUAUAGAGUAACAAGAACAAUAAUAUACUGAACUCUUCACCAUGUUACGUCAACUGCUGCAUCAGCUACUUAAUGUGGCAGGAAGUCAGGAAGUGCAGCACUGCAGUGUGGAGAUCAGAUGCAGGUUAUAUUUGCUUUGGUGAUGCCACAUACAAACCAAUCUUCUCUUACAGAAAAAAUGCCCGCCUAUUUUUAUUAUGAUGUAUGUCCUCCUAUAUCCCCUUGGUCUUAUAUUCUGCUCUUUGAUGCCACACUACACAUCCAGCAAAGGGGCACUUGGGAGAGAACUGCCCAUGCCAGUUAGUACAAUAAUUUUCUCUCCACUCCACGUCUAGUUGUCAGUACAGCACUGUGUGCACAUAGCCUUCCCCAAGGCUACCCCCCUACUAUCAACUGACACAUAAAUCGAAUGAAGACAUAUGAGCUCUCUAAUAUGUCAGAGCUCACCCUUAUGAUCUUGGCAGCAGGUCAUGAAUGUGAGGGCAGGGUGUGGCAAACUGCUGACUUACACCCUAAAAUUCCAUCUCACACAAAACCACUUGUGCGCACACACACACACACACACACACACACACACACACACACACACACACACACACACACAUCACUGUCAUUUUGAAAAGAUGAAUUAAUUUGUUGUCAGCCAUACAAAUACUAAAUUAUUUCUUGUAGCUGAAAUAAAAAUAUACCCAGAUAUGUGUGUGGUAAGGAAGUCUCAUGUUAAUACAUGGCCAGAUACACUUGGUACAAUCUCUAGCUAGCUGCUUAUUAUUGAUGUAACCCUGAAUUAUGAAUUACCUCUGAAUAUGUAAUUUUAUUAUGCUUGUCAUACCUAACACUUAGCUUCCAUCUCAGAGCAGUACUGCGCUUCCUUUGUCUUUUGUUUUUGAGAAUGUAACUUACCAUUUUAGGCAUGUAGUUAUCCUAGAAGAAUUUACAAUCUGAGAACUUCAAUGAUCACUGUGUAUCUGCUUUAGUGGGUUAAUGUUUCAAUGUGUUAUCUAUAAACUACACAUCAAGCAGGCAGUGCUUCUUUUAGAUUGUAACUCUACUCAUGGGAGGUAUUAAUAUCUGACCAGACUGUGAAAUAAAUCAUUGACCAAAUCUAAAUUUACUGGAAAUGAAAAUAACACUGAACAUUUUCUCUACUGAAUGUCCUUACUCAUUCUGUCAUGAAAUAAAACAGCAAAGGAAUGGCAGUCAACAAAGUCAGUACCAGCAAGUGACUGUGUUAACACAGAUAUAAUUAUUAUUAACAGGAAGGAAAACCACCAGGCUUACCCCAAAAACCCACUAAAAAACUGAGCUUUGUUCCGAAAUAAGGACAAAUAACCCAAAGCUCUAGUCAUCAAAACAAAUCAAUUUUUUGAUUAAAGCUACAGUUGAAAUGAUGAAAGAAGAAACUGAAAAUUAUUUUGUCCAUAAACUAUUGAAGACUCUGGGUUAAGAAAAAUGGACAUGCAUCCAAUUACAGCUACUUUUGUUUCCUUUUGUUGGAAAAUCAGAUAAAGGAUGAAGCUUUUUUUUCCCAGAAAUUCAUUUUCAUAUAUGGAUAAAACUAUGUCAUUACCCACGAAUGCACAGAAAAUGUCUGCCUGAAAAAAAAAUGCUUUCAAUAUUGUAUAAUAAAUUUUCUUUAGGUGGAUUUAUUCUAUAAUUUUGUUAUGUUCUGGAACAAUUAGUAAACAAUCUUAAAAUUUAAAAGACUGGAUAAGUGCAUAGUACCUAGGGUAAGAUAUCAAAUGUCUUACCCACUGGGAAAAAUGCAGUCUAACACUUCAGUUUUUCAUCUGGUGACUUAUUGUUUUUCCAAGAAAUUGAUAAUUUACUGAGUAAUAUUUGGACAUGUGUGCUGUUGGCAUAAAUGGAAAUUAUAAUAUAUCUAAUUUAACUUAUUUUAAGUCAAAAUGUGGUGUUAAAGACAGUGCUUUAAUGCAAAAGAAGUUCAAAUAAUAAUAAACUUGAUCUUCCUGAAUUUUAUCUCUAGA